UAUUGAAAAACACACGCCUCUCUCUCUCUCUCUCUCUCUAUAGCUGUUUAUUCAUCUCCCCAACCACAACAAACCAACUUGCUUUCAGGCUUUUCAGCUUCUUCGCUCUGUCCAGGACAAGAGCAUCCUGAUUAAAAAGCAAAAUCUUCUUUUCGUUUAACUUGUGAUUGGUUUUGUCUGAAUAAUAUUUUUUUUCUUACCGAACAAAAAAAAAAACUUGCAGAAGAAUGAUGAGAAAGCAAUAACCCUCCAAAACACAUUUAUUCUAAAGCCUCAAACUUUGGAAUAUUCCAUUUCAUCUUCCUUCCUUCCUCUGUUUCUGUUCUUUCUCUCUUCUCUGUUCCUCGUAACAGUAAAGCUUCAUCAAAGGCUCUUCCUUUCCUGAUUCCUAUCGAAUUUCUGAGUUCGAAUUCAUCAAACGAUCUGUUUUGUAGAUCUGGUGGUGGUGAUUGAUUACCAAAAUCGUCUGCUCUGUUUUUCGAUUUCCUUUUAAAGUAACGCUGCUCUGUUUUUGGAUUCCUGUAAAGUAACAAACUUUGAGAGAGGGUUGGGGUGUGGAUUUUUGUUUCGACCGUGAUGGAUUUGGAUGAUUUUCGAUCGGUUAUGGAGAACGCUGGUGUUGAUGUUUGGACAUUCAUCGAUACAGCGAUCCUCGUGGCUUCUCUUGAUUACGGUCAAGAGCUGAAGCGGAGGAGAGAUAACAUCGUCGAGCGUCUCUACGCGACGUCGAUGGCGAACAAGUGUAGGAACUGCGAUUUCGGAGUCGGAGGAGGAGGAGAAGCAGUGGUUGCGAGGGCUAAUGGGAGUGUUCACGAGGAGGAGGAGGAAGGGGAAGAAGAAGAAGAUGUAAGAGAGAAAGCCGUUAAUGAUGGUGAUGACGAAGAGGGUGAGGAGGAUGAUGGUUAUGAUCCGUUUGCUGGUUUGUUUGAUGAUGAGCAGAAGAGUGUUCUUGAAAUCAAGGAGAGGCUCGAAGAUCCUGAUCUGUCUGAAGAAGAUUUGGUUGAGCUGCUUCAGAAUCUGGAUGAUAUGGAGAUAACAUUUCAAGCUCUUCAGGAAACUGAUAUUGGGAGGCAUGUGAAUAAAGUUCGGAAGCAUCAAUCGAACGAAGUUCGAAGACUAGCUAAACAGCUUGUCAAAAAAUGGAAGGAAACAGUGGAUGAAUGGGUCAAACUUAACCCGCCUGGUGAUCUUGAACCUCCGAGUUUGAUAGCUGAUGAGGACUCACCGCAGCAGAGAGCAGCUCUCCGUAAUGGUUACCGUCAACAGGUUCCUGAUUUUGGGUAUUCACCGGUUCCUCAAUCUCAGAAUGGGUAUUCAAGUUCAAGCAGGAACAGUAACGUUAGUAGCGAGCCAGAGAGGAAGCCAAGACCUGUUGCUCCUCCUCCUAGGAGAGAGUCUCCUUCUCAAGCUAAACCUUCUCGUCCCAUUCAGAGGGAGAAGGAGCACAAAGAAAUUGAUUUUGACUCAGCUAGGAAAAGACUGCAACAAAACUACCGACAAGCUGAGAAUGCUAAAAAGCAAAGGACUAUACAGGUGAUGGACAUUCAUGAGAUACCUAAACCUAAGAAAGGUGGAUUUUUUCCAAGAAGAGGCGGCAGUUCUCAAGGAGGUGGUAGACACUGGUAAAAUUGAGUAUGAGAGAGAACAGAGAACAAAGCUCUGUUUUUGAGACACAAGAAGAAAGUGAAAUCUUAAUAUGUUUCAAGAGUUUGGAGUUAAGUUGGUCGGUACACUUGUUUUCCAUUUUGUUGUUACUUUUUCUUUAAAAAAAAACAUCUGAUUAAGAACAUAAUUUUCUUGGAUUUUAUGAAUAAUAGUUUCGAAAAACCAAGGUUAAGGUAAUUUGUAUUUUUUGUAUUUAGCACAAAUGAUAUAUGCCUGUGUCUAAUUCUUUAUAGAAAAUGAAAUGAUUUUCUUGGGAA